CUCAAUGCUCUCGCACGUGCUUCUCCACUAAACAAAAGUUGCUGAAGGAACAUCCCAUCUUUUCCUAGUACAACGACCGAACAAGCCCGCCGGUCGCCGCCAUUUCAAUUUAAUUGUACAAACAGCAGGAUGUCGUCUCCCGAGCAGCGUGCCGCUGGUGUUAAACGCCCGAGGACGCAAUCGCUUCCUCCUCCUGAGCUGCCACAGCUUGUUGCCGAGCAGAGCACGCCAAUUCCGCCCACAGACAAAGACUCGCAGCGCCUGAUUGUGGUGCUGUCCAAUGCCAGCCUGGAGACAUAUAAGGCGUCGCAUGGCGGCAGCAGCCGCAGCGGCGUGCACCGCGAGGAGAAGUACUCGCUACUGAACAGUGAUGAGCAUAUCGGCGUCAUGCGCAAGAUGAACAGAGAUAUUAGUGACGCUCGCCCGGACAUUACACAUCAGUGCCUCCUCACCCUCCUAGACUCUCCCAUCAACAAAGCCGGCAAGCUCCAAAUAUACAUCCACACAGCAAAGGGCGUCCUGAUCGAGGUGUCCCCGUCCGUCCGUAUCCCGCGAACCUUUAAGCGUUUCGCCGGUCUCAUGGUGCAGCUGCUGCACCGCCUGUCGAUCCGGUCCACAAACUCCAACGAGAAGCUGCUGCGUGUCAUCCAGAACCCCAUCACAGACCAUCUGCCGGCCAACUGCCGCAAGGUGACGCUGAGUUUCGACUCGGAGCUCGUCCGCGUGCGCGAGUACGUCGAGUCGGUCGGCAAGGAGAGCAUCUGCGUCUUUGUUGGCGCCAUGGCCAAGGGCGAGGACAACUUUGCCGACUCCAUGGUCGACGAGAAGAUUUCUAUCAGCAACUAUUCCUUGUCCGCUAGUGUGGCCUGCAGCAAGUUCUGCCACGCCGCCGAGGACGUGUGGGAUAUUCUAUGAGGUUCAUGUACAUUCAAAUCCAUCCAUUUAUGAAAGAAGAACAAAAAAGACAACAAGCAUAAAAAAUACCAACAAAACAAUCCCAAAAAGAUUUCCAUGCCUCGCCUAGCAGCACCAGCAGCUCACUUCCGACGCCUCCCCGCAUUCAGCACGUGUACUCACACGCAACUACCGGAGCAUCGCAUUUCCCCCCCAACGGUCCGAGGAGGAUGGGUGCCCUUACGGGAAACCCAUAUUGGAUAUAAAACAAAUUUCUUGCUAGGGAACAAUACAGGCUACGACUGAGGUCGCAUUUCGAGAAGGGAAAAGGGUUACAAAGGAGCAUUUCAUGGUUCAUAUACAGCCAGAGCAGCGUCGCUACGUCCAUGACCAUUUGGGUCCAAUGCAAUGUUUUGUGCUGCCAUUUUGUAGAUUCCUAGAAAGCACCCUCCAGAAAUUCCAUACCUAAUGUAUACCGCUGUACUCUAUU